AUGGGGGACUGUCGUUUGUUUUUGAGUCCAUCGGGGAGCAGCGCGUCGUCGCUUUGCGGGAAUAGAGCGAAGAGGGGGCGUUCAUCAAGGGGUAGCCACUGGAUUGGUGACCAAUCGAGAGGUGGACCCUCCAAGAGGAGACUAAACCGAGUGACAACUCCGACGUUGGGUGGUGUUCCCUUGAAAAGAAGUCCAAACGAGCUUUACCUCUUCAGAGGGCUCAGAAACGCCUUCAGUUUUUUUAACUGGUUUGGGAGCGCCGAGGAUGAGAAAUUCUGCGAAGACAUCAUCGCUCACCUCGGCGACAUAACAAAGAUGAAGCAGCUCACACGGAGUCACACGAACAGGGAUAUGAUGGAAGGAGAAACAAUGAAAAAGAUUUUUCGCCACAUCCUAACGUCUUCCAUCAGUUACAGAGUCUUAAAUUGUGUGUCCUACCUGAUUAGUCGUUACAAAGUGGGUCGAUCGAAGCUGUGCACCCUGCUGAACGAAUUAAGCGACGAAGUGAAGGAAAUGAAGGACGCAGAAAACUUCCUGGCGCUGCACAUUUUCUUCUUGGAGGACGAGAGCGUUGCGCUCUUCUCCAUGAUGCACAUAAUGGACUUUUUCAGGAGUAAACGGAGACUGAUGGAAGCUCAGGACGUCAUUCGGAAAAAGAUUUACGAUCAGUGUGUUAAUGACCUCAUCAGAAAAAAAAUCACAAAGUACAAACUAUUUUGCCAACGGAAGGGAAUCCCAUUCCUCUUGGGGGAUGCCUUAGAUAAGAUUCGUUUGAGUGAGAAGGAGGAAGAUGUUUACUUCAGUUAUGACCACAAGGAGAUGUUAAGGGUGUUUAUCAGGAAGAUCUCCAUGGAGAAGGGGAAAGGACUAGGUGACACAGAAAUGGAAGGAAGCUUCGGAGAAGGAGGAGACCAUGUGGGAGAGAUGGAUAGCUUACGAAACAUGGGCUACCCCAGCACUCACCACACUACUGAGUACGCUGCGGGGCAUACCGGUCACCACAUCGCUGACGAGACUGCUAACCACACCGCCGACCAUGUGGCGGACGCGUGCGCCCAGGCGGAGGAAAACGAAAACCUGAUGGAACUAAAAAAGACGUACCAAGAGAUUCAGUCCUUUAACGAAUCCAUAAUAAAGCACAUCGAGUCGAAACAGCGUCUCUUCUACUUUGACGAAAACGAAUUCGAAUUUAGGAAGCACAAGGGGAAGUGGCAAGAUGGGAAACACGGAGAGGAGGGGCAACACGGGCAAGAUGAGCAAGAUUGGCAGGACGGAGAAGAAUUGGAGGAGGAAGAGGAAGACAUGGAGUCCAUCCAGAAAAGGAUAGACAGCUACAUACACGAGUAUACAAAGAGCAAGAACAUGUCGAUGGAGCAGUUCACGAAUGAGUUUGUUGAGCAGGCAGACUUGAAUUUCAAGGCCUUCCUCAAGGGAUUGCGAUUGGGGGAAGGCGACGUAACUGCUCACGACGCGAGCCUGGAGGGGGGAAGCGAAGGAGAUCUAGCUGCUCACGACGCGAGCAUCGAUGGGGGGACUGCACCAGGCCUAAUUGCUUCCACCGCAACGGCAGGGGCGCCCCGUCAGAAGGACCAACUAACCACCUUCAAACUUAAGAAGCUGAACGAAGGAGACACAGACGACUCCGGGUUCCAAUUAACAGACGACAUCCUCUACGAACGAAUCAGAAUGAAAAUGCUGUACUUACUCCAAAAAGUCGAAUAUCUUAAAUUUAAAUACCAACAUGAGAUUAUUAAUGAGAGAUACCCCAUCGAGAAAAAUGAGAAAACGGUUUUGGACGUCCUCAAGUACGGCUAUAAGAUUGUCGUUUCUCCUGACGUGGAUAAUUCUAUUUUUCAUCAGAAUCGACAUGUGCACGGGGAUCUCUCCUCGAAUGUGUUUGCCAACGGGGUGAAGGGCGACCUGCAGGAGGGGGCAGUGGGAGACGCGCACGAGGAGUGUGCGGCCCUCCGGAGUAGAAGUAAGGCACAGCGGGGGAGUGGUAAAGUGAGGUUGAAGUUGGUUUCGAACCUCUUUCCCGAACCGCUUCUCGAACUAGUCGGCAACCCUGUCUUCGGACUUACCCCCCGCACAGAGCAGUACAGAAUAACCCUGUGA